ACAGUAAAGACUAAGUGAAAACUUAUAAACUAAAAGAAAAUUGUUAAUCACCGGUUAUUUGACGAAAAUUGUACGAAAUCCUACAAAUAUCGUCAAAGCUGACAUUUCUUAUUCAGAGUAGCGUAAACAAUGGUUUUGACAUCGUUAGAGAUCGAAUGGUCURUAAUACAUCAAUUUAAUGUGACCAUUGAAGUCAACUUAGAUUCAGACUGAGGAAACAAUAGAAUAAAAGCAGACUUUAGUAAUCCUUGGCCAUGAAAAUAUCCACCAAAUGUAACCUCAUUGUCGGGUUCUUCUUCUUCUUUGUCAUCGUGUCAGUCUUCUAUUCGUACUGUGGAGGCYUGCAUGUUUGUUACUCCUUUCCAUUCUUCAAUGGAUUUGGCCGAGGAACACAGCCAACUAGACUUACAGUGGCGUCAUAUAUGAUGGAAACGAAAUCUGGCAUGUCACAUGACGGCAAUGACCAAAUUUACAAGCAAACAGAGUCACAAGUCAAAACCGUUUACUUCCAUUCCAAGCAUAAAGAGCACAAGAAAGUUUUAACMCACGCAAAGGACCAUGGUCCGCCUGCUGAUAUAACAGGAACAGUUGCCAUGGAUAUUCUUCGUCGAGCAAAUGUGUCCGAGGAUCAAGCAAAUCGYGCUCUUUAUCGCGAAGAAAAAGUUGAUCAYAACAUUGAUAGAAACGAUUCUCGCAUUUUAAAAUCGUCUUUGAAGUCCGCUGAAAAGUCAUUAARAGUUCGUAAAGGACCUGGAUCAAGAAAGACGUCUUUUAAUUUUAAUCCAAUCAGAAGGCCCCCAAGAAAAUUUCGAGGACCAUACAGGAUCCAAAGGAAGCGCAUGCGUAAAAGAGGUAAAAUGGGCGAAGUUUUAAAGAAAGACAAYGAAAAUCAAGAACAAGCAUUUUAUCGACAUUUUAUGAACUCUUUGGGCUUGAGGUAUYUAGACACGCCGAAAUAUAGAUCUAACGAAACUUUGCAACUGAGUGCCAAGAAGCCAAAUUUAGAAUAUUCUGGAAGACAAAGAAGUAUAAAUAUCGUUUUACCAAAUAAGAAGUUCAGCGAUGAAGGAARUGAACGUAAGACUCCAAAGCAAAUCAAAACUGAGUCAAUUCUCAACGACGCAGUUGAUGUAAAAGAUAUCCAAGUACAUUAUAAAAAUAAAACGAAAGCUAAGGUUUCAAAGAAUUUAGGCAGAGAUAUGGACAUCGAAUUAAAGUCAAGCUUGAACAUGARCUUYUCCACAGAAGGAGRAGAUUUGGGGAAACACGAUGGAAAGUUUGACAGAAAUCUAGUUUCUAAUAAAGAUGACAUUGUGGUUGAGCCAGAAGCAAGAACAUCUCUUUCUCURAUAACCAAGAUSAAAYCUUCAAAACUUCACAAGAAAUCUUYGAUGGGAUUACAGUUGAACUUGACCAAUAUAGCUAASAGCGCACAAGAAUCUGCCAAAAGAAAUAACGAGAAUCAUACGAGCGGUUCUAAUGAUAAAAAUGAWACUAAACUACGUGGAAGAAAGCAAUAUACGAAUCGCUUGAGCAAUGAAAGUAAUACAAACUAUGCCAUUAAUUCUGGAGAAAGCACAACUGCUGUGAAAAUAAUWAAAGGAACGAAGUUAGACAAASAGGAGCCGAYUGAGAAUGCAAACAAAAGCUCAAAACAUGAUGGUGAAGAUGCUGGUAGCAAUGUCGGUUUACAUGGAAACAAGGAAAAGCUGCAAGCAUUUAGAGAUAGAAUGAAACGUAAAAAUGACAUUGAAAUYAUGCAAAAUAGUUCUAAAGAAACUGGCACGGUUGCUCAUAAGGAUUCAGAUAGUCUUGUAAAGCCUCUCACGAUUGUACUGCCAAAACGACUCACAAACGUGUCAGUAGCACCAAAACAAGACAGACUUCCAAGAAAAAAUAACAACACAGAUAUGAUGAAAGCUCUCCACGAAUUCCCUAUCAACGAAAGCAAUGAUGCUUUGAACAAGAGCAAACAGAGUUCUCUACAUAAAUCACGUGGGAACGACUUUCAGCCGCGGCUGCGCAGUCACAUUUCAGAUGACAACGAAACACAAGGAUUCAAAGUCAACGCUACUCUGCGCAAUGAUUUCAAUUCUAAUGACCACAAAGCUUCAGUCAAGACUAACGAGAUGAAUGCCACUAAAUCCCCGAAACGUAAAACAAACUUUCCCACUAKCUAUCACGAAGAAGUAACACUUCCUCGUCCCAAAGUGCUAAAGCAUAAAGGUAAAACAAAGUACAGYAGUGAUGCUGAAGGACCCUUACCCAUCAAAAGCCCAAGUAAACACAAAACUGGUAACCCUAUAGUUUCCAAAAGUAACAAAGUCUCUAAAGCAAGACCCAUUUCMUUAAAAGAGUUAACUCGUUCUGUGAGGAACAUUAGAGAUGAACACACAAGAAAGGCUCUCACUACAGCGUUAGAGAAAGACCAAAAGAAAAUGCAAACAAUAGCAAAUGACAUCAAAUUGACUUAUGAACGAAAGAAUAAACCGUUUCGUUUAUCACGUGUCCUUAGAGACCUUGUAAAAAGACCAGACAUUCCCGAUGAAAACGACUUAAAGAGGAUAAUUUCUGAGUCACGUGAUAAGACACUGGUGAGAGUAAAACGUGUAAGACGAACUCGUCCAUUGAGGGAGAGGAGUGGAGCAAGUGAUGUCGCCUUAGUUCGAGUGAAGAGAAAACAAAGUGAGAGUAUACCAAUAGAUAGAGCGGAUAAGACGCUUAUAAGAGUAAAGAGGAAAAAUACCGAAGAGUUUGAUAAACCURCUGCUGUAAAAAGUACCCGARAAUCCUYKCUUGGCAURCCAUUAAGUASAAAUACAAAGAGCAGAAAAAAAUCCCGAGCACUGGAGCAUAAUAAAGCAAUUGUGUCUCAUAAAAGCGUAGUGCUGAACUCGGGUGGUCCCAAUUUGAAGCCCAUUGGCACCUUGCAUAAAUCAAAAGAACACAAAAAGACGACUAAAGAAGAUACAARCCUUAGURAGGAAGUAAAAAUAAGGGCAAAACAAUCACAAAGGAUUAUACCUGUACAUAAUUCAGGAAAAGCGCUUUUGCGAGUGAAAAGAAUUGAUCCUGAUGCAUAGUGUAUUUUUAUAGACUCUUACGCAUUGCCGCAGUAGCUUCAUUUAACUAUAGCUGCAAGAAUGAUGAGAUAAGAUUUUAAAUUCAUGUUUGUAGAAAAGAUAAAAACACAAAAAUAAAUAAAGUAAA